AUGCCACCAAAAUUAUCAUCGUCAUCCUCCGCCGCCGGGAAACUGACCAGCUCUUCCUCCAAAACUCCCGUCAAGUCUGCCCGAAAUAAAGGGUAUAUCACCAAGACGCCCAUCUCUUCGAAGGCGAAACCGAAGCCGAAUGCGAGUAUCCUAAAUUACUUCAAGAAGGCGGCCGAUGAGACCCUUUUCAUUGGUGAGGGUGGGGUGACGGCUGAGGAUUUGGAAGGGGUUGAUGGGGUUGGGGUUGAAGGCGAGGGUGAGAGUGAGGGUGGAUGUGAGGUUGAAGUUGAAGGUGGCGGUGUUGAUUUGAAGGAUGCAGAAGAGGAUGAGAAGCAGUCCAAUGACAUUGGGGGGCUGACUAAGAAGAGAAGUCUCACUUCUGAUGGUUCGGAGGAGGAGACGAAGGGAAAGAGGGUGAAGGCGGAUGCAGUUGAAGUGAAGAAGGAGACGGAGCAAGAGGAGGUAAAACUGCAGAGUGAAGAAAUGAUAAAAGAAAUGCUGGCGGUACCGCAUAGUAGCGGCGCGCAAAGCGCAAAGUCGGUUAGGAAUCCGAGGAGAGGUCCAUUCUUGGACGAUUCAGACGAGGAGGAUGGGGGUGAGGCGGAGGCGGUGGAGGGGAGCGCCGCUCCUGUCAAGUCCGCGGGUUUAUCAGACUACGAGGGAAGGGAGAAAAGGGAUGAGUCGACCGACAAGACGGAAGUCGAGACCUUGGAAAACGUUACGAAGAAGUCUAGAGUUCCUCUUUUACGACAAGAGACAUCCGGUGCUAGAGCGGACACCCAAACCAACCAGGAAGACGAACCAGCAAAAGACGGUGCAGAUCAAAUCGACAAGGACCCACAAGAAGACAAGGAAAACCACUACAACGACCUUCAAGGCGAGGAACUGAGAGAGAAGCGGUACGUGCAGGAGCAAGCCAGGCUUGAAGCAGAAGAGCGACGAGGUUUUAUUGGAGAGGAUGAUGAUUAUGGCGAACUGAUGUUGGACGAUGCCGGAUUUAUCGAUGAGAUUGAGGACGAUGAUGAUCUAACAUUUCCCCCGGCGAACCCGGAUGCCAUUACAGAAAGCUGUCCCAUAUGCAACGCAAGUCUCACCGGCGUAACAAGCGACCAGGCCACCGCGCACGUCAACGCUUGUCUUGAUGGGAACCCCUCGCCAUUUCCUCCUCCAAAUCAAACAGCCGCAGAGCAACGAGUACCCAAUGUCAAGGAGGAAUUUCAGGAGAGCGCAAACUUAGUGAAUGAUACAAUGGCGGGUCUCACAGAAGGUAGCAAACGCUUCGCUUCUCGCGCCGCCGUUGCCCGCCCAGGACAAGCAAACCCCUUUACGCUCCCUGGCGACAACGACGAUCAUAACCCUGGCCCCGAUGUGAAACUUAAAGGAACUGGCAGCUCAGCCUUCAGCAAACUAAUGUCCUCCCACGCCGAAUCAGCCGCCUGGGCCACUGCCGCUGCCGCCGAGUCUGCCUCUCGGGGAAUGCCCGCUUACAAACGAACCUGCCCUUUCUACAAAAUUAUGCCCAACUUCUCAAUAUGUGUUGACGCUUUCCGUUACGGCGCCGUCCAAGGCUGCAAGGCCUACUUCCUUAGCCACUUCCACAGCGACCACUACAUGGGCCUCUCAGCCAGCUGGGUACAUGGACCUAUCUACUGCAGCAAAGUGACCGGGUCGCUGGUAAAGACGCAAUUGCGGACAGCGGCCAAGUACGUCGUCGAGCUGGAGUUUGGGGAGACCGUGCCGGUGCCCGAGACGGGCGGUGCUGUGAUGGUUACCAUGAUUGAAGCAAAUCAUUGUCCGGGGAGUUCGCUGUUUUUGUUCGAGAAGAAAGUUGGCAAGGAGGGAAGGACACAGAGGAUUUUGCACUGUGGCGAUUUCAGGGCGUGUCCAGCGCAUGUGGAACAUCCGUUAUUGAAGCCGGAGACGCUCGAUAAGGUGACGGGGAAGAUAAAACAGCAGAAGAUUGACGUUUGUUACCUUGACACGACGUAUCUAAAUCCGCGGUAUUCGUUCCCACCCCAGGAGGAUGUGAUUCAGGCGUGUGCCGAGGUGUGCGCAAAACUUGAUAGGGGGUUGAAGGAGGGGAAUGAAGCCGAAUGGGAGCGGCUAUUGAGGAUGAGAGAAAGUGGCGGUAACGCAAAGGAGGGGCAAGAUGUCACUCAGUUCUUUGGCUACAACAGUAAGAGGAAGGGGGAUGGCGGCAUCACAUCAAACCCAACACCGCCCGAGGAGGAACAACAAGCAGAAACCAAACCCCCUCCCAACGCCUUCACCGCUCUCACCUCUUCUUCUACUAUCCGCAAAAACCGCCUCCUUGUAGUCUGCGGCACCUACUCCAUCGGUAAAGAGCGCAUCUGCGUCGCCAUCGCGCAAGCCCUCGGCUCCAAAAUCUUCGCUUCCCCUUCCAAGAUCCGCAUCACCAAACAGCUCGACGACCCCGAGCUCUCCAGCCUGAUGACCGCGGACCCCCGCGAAGCCCAAGUGCACAUGCAAGCCCUCGGCGAGAUCCGCGCCGACACGCUGGCUGAGUACCUCGAGCUGCACCGGUCCAACGGGUUCAGUCGCAUUGUCGGGUUUCGUCCCUCGGGGUGGAGUUACCGGCCCGGUUCCGGGUCCAAUAACAAUAACAACAGCCACGAAAUACAGUUACCGCCCGACAUCGACACAGGGCCCCCCGCCUCCGUCCCCGUCACCGCUGCUCUCCCUCCCUCGUCGCUGCCAACCACGCACCUCCUCCACGGUAACCGAUUCCGCCCCCGCUUCUUUGCACAGAACGUGGUCCCCCAGCGCGGGAGCGGGAGGGAGGCCAUGUGCUUUGGGGGUGGAGAAGGUGGUGCCGACGGUGAAUGUGGGGAGCGAGGCGAGUAG